AUCGGGCCAGGUCCACGGUACUCUACCUUAGCAUCCUUGUUAUGACGCUUGAUUUUUGUUUAAGUUAGCUACAAUGUUCACUGGCAUACAUCAUCUUAACCAGCAACCACCUUUAAACAUUUGGCCAAUACAUAUUUUUGGCCUUUCUUCCAAAAGCAUUUGCGUGGCACAGAAUUAAUAAGCAUUACUGCGUUGGAAUUUCUUAAAGUGUAUGACAGACAUGCCAUAUAAACUGUCUGAAAUCAUUUAAUAGAUGGACGACGCAGCUUUCCUGUCAACUUAUAACGGUCCAAUUUCCAGCAGGAAGAUCUAUUUGCAGAAUGAAAUUUCGCACUUUUUCUUACAGAAAGGAAGUUCUUAGGCUACUAUGGAUGAAGAAAGAUGCAAUUCAUUUCCCAUCUGCCUCAUUAGGAAACCAUAUGAAGCUAGUGAAGUACAAAGUGAAAAGCUGUGGAAACGACAGGGUGUCACUUGUUCGAACAUCGUGUGCAGAGUUGGUGUUACGUAUAAAGACAGACUACUCAUCCAGCCUUCUGCGGUUGUAUCUGCCCAGUGUGUUUGUGGUGAUCAUGGCCUGGCUGUCCUUCUGGCUACGUCGGGAUCAGGUCGCGGCCAGGACCUCACUCACAACGCUAUGUGUCGUGUCUAUGAUCACGGAAAAGAUGGGAGUCAGCUUCCUCAUGCCGGAAGCGGUGGGUGUCAUGGCAGUGGAGAUCUGGAUGUUUGUCUGCCUCACUUUCGUGUGUGGGGCACUUUGUGAGUUUAUCUGGGUGCAUACACUCACCGAACUAGAGAGGAAAUCAAAAGUGAACGGAAGCAAGCGAGCAUCCUCUGUUACAUCAGCCGAUAUUCCAGGGGCGGUCCAGAAGAAAACAUCUCUCACUGAUGGGUCUGCAAUUCGUAAAAAGUGGACACGACUCGCGUACUGUGGGAUUUUCCUCAAAUCUGGCCAGUUGGAUACAUGUGCAAGGAUUCUUUAUGCAAUUUCGUUCGUCAGUUUUCAGAUAGUGUACUGGACUUACUUUCUUCUUGUGGAUUAGAUCACAUCAGUUGUAGAGUAAAUGUAUGUCGAACUAUUGGUGUAUGCUGUUUAUCUCCAGCAUUACUUAAACAUUUCACGAAAUACAAAUGUUCAAACGAGUUGUUCUUUAGAAAGAAUAAAUUGAAAACAGAUGUCGAACCUCAUAGUCUAUGCAACGUAAACUAUAGAAUAUAUAUAUAUAAAUACCUAACUGCAAAUACACAAGGAAAAGGAUAGAAAAUUAAAGUAUAUAUACUUAGAGAACAACAAUUAGAACCAAGACAACGCCAAAACAAAAAGAAGAAUCACAAAUCCAAACAAUAAAAUUGAGAAGGAGAAUAACGAGUUGCUCAUUAAAGUUGAGCGCUUCCUACACUAAGUGUGAUACCCGUUGUA